AUGGAUCAACGGUCAGGAUAUCAGUACACACCUCUUCCUGGACCUGGCUGGAUCCGACUCCUGACUAUCUACUCUCGCGAGGUCGUUGACAAUCAGGACACCUUUUUUUGCCUUCUCGACGACCAUAAUCUCGAACACAGCGACCGCGAUGGCUAUAUUGCCUUAUCAUACAGUUGGGCAAUGCCUGAUGGAGACAGCUCCAAGAGCCAUACAAUCUAUAUCGGCGAGCUCAGAGUGGCAGUCACGCAAAACCUCUUGCUUGGCCUCCGCAGGAUCUUCGGACCUGACCGACCGGUUCGCUUAUGGAUCGACGCCGUCUGCAUCAAUCAAGCCGACAUUCCGGAGCGAAACGAGCAGGUUGCCCAGAUGAGUCGGAUCUAUGCCAGUGCGAAAGGGGUCUUUGCAUGGCUUGGAGAAGGAGGUGACGAAGAGGCCAUGUGCGUGCUGAGUUGUCUAGGGAAAACCCAGAAGGCGAGGUGUGAGCAACGACAUGCGUUCUCAGUCUCGGAUGGUGGGAUACUGGAUCUUUGUGAGCUCCGGCGAAAGGGCACUUGGACAACGGAUCUCAAAGGUCGAGGGUUUCUUGACGUUUACAAGAUUGAGAACGAUAAAAGCCGGAGGACAUAG